UUCAUCACAAAAAAUAAGACGAACACUCACCAAAGAAGUAAGAAGUAAGAACCUCCUCCUCUUCUGCAUCGAUAAUGGCGGUUUCAAAGCUCCAUCUCCUCUUUCUUCUCGCAGUCUUUCUCUCCCUUCACCGUCCUGUUCUUUCCGACAACAGUGCAAAGGAAGAAGGUCUUGUUUCAGGAUUCAACAUAUACAGAAAAUCAAUAAACAUAACAACCUUAGCAAAGAACGAAAACGCAGAAUGUUUCGCAGAGGAAAUCGCAGGCCAAUUCAACAACCCACCCUGCACAAACGUCACUGGCUCAACUUUAGUCCCUGAAACAGAUCCUAGGAUCCAAAAUCUCCCUAAACUCCUCGCUAAAUGCCGCCUCAACACAACCGUAAUCAGAGACGGUGCGGUAAUGCAAUUUUGUUUUCCUAAGCAUGAUCAGAACCCUGACUUGACCAAAUUCAGCCCUGCCGUAGACCAGAACUUGAAUGAUUCUAAGUUCACUGGAAUUGGUAUGGGUUCUGAAAGUGAUGGUGAAUGGCUUGUUGUCGUCCUCACUACAAACACACUCGAGGGUGGCUAUGCUUCGACCACUAACUCAGGAGCUUUUGCAUUCGGAGUUAAUGGUGGUGUUGUGUCUUCAACUUUCUUGUUUCUUCUCUUUUGUUUCUUCAUGUUUUGAGUCUGUUUUUUUUCCCAUGUUUUUAUAAGUCACCUCGUUUUCUUUGUUUCUUAAUAUGGUGAGAAUUUGAUAAAUUCUUACCGCAUUAAAUAAAAGACUGGAGCAAACCGCCUUUCUCAUA